AUGUUUGCCUCAAAAGCUGUCAGAAAGUCUAUUCAGGCCAUCUGUGCUUUUAGCACAAAGGCCCCGACCGUGGCCGUUCUCCACCAGGCUAUUGACCCACCCGUGAUCAAUGGCGUCACAAAGCCUCGCAAGCCGGGUGGAUUCCGGCGCGGACAUUCUUAUACGCUUCGACAGAAGGGCGUGAAGGUCAUAAAGUCGGAUCCUUCGGCCCCAGUCUCCUCCCAUGUAGGCUGGGCGUUCCCGGACACGGAGGGGGGAAUUUACAGCGCGGCCCAGCAGGGCGCCACGCAUUUCUGGGCUAACGCUAUUCUUUUUACCUCACACCCACUUCAAACAUCCCCGGAAGUAACACCGGUGGCCUCUGAGAUCUAUGUAGUGGGUCAGCCGCCAGGCCUGGUUGAAAACUUUGAUGACAAGGCCUAUCUAAACGAUAAACCACGGGAGCUUGGAGGCUACACCCUACCAAAGUCCUGGCUGGUGAGUCCUAAAAAUAUCAGUGAAAUUAUCAACCAUAUCGACCGGUACCCAAUUGUCGGCAAGCCUGUUCGAGGACGCGGUAGCCAUGGAGUGAAAGUGUGUCAUGAUAAGGGCCAGCAACAGCAACAUGUCCAGACUCUCCUUCGUGAAUCGCCACUAAUCAUGAUUGAGAAGUUUCUCUCUGGUGAAGAGGCAACUAUCACCGUCAUGCCUCCAGCUAUAGAGCAUCCCCAGCACUGGAGCAUGCUUCCCGUCACGCGCUUCAACUAUGCCGAAGGCAUCGCCCCUUAUAAUGGAAAGGUGAUGCGUGAAUGCGAGAGCGUCGCUGCUCUCAUUGGUGCUAAGGCACCGAUUCGCGUCGACGUCCGCCGGUUUGCAGAAGGGUCGGAUGUUGCCCUGUUCGAUAUAAACAUGAAGCCGGUCCCGGCCGACCAGGACGUCUAG